AGGUCGCUAGUGUCGUGGACAUGAUUCGCCAUUGUUUUGUUGACAUUUUCUGAAGGAAAAACAAUCAAGUUGAAAAUCACUUAAAAUAAGGAUAAUCUAGUGAAAAUUAAAGAAAAAUGGGUGAUGGGAGAAUAAGUGUGAGUUUUGCUUGCCAGAGAUGUCUGCAACCCAUCAAGAUCGAUGAUUCCUUCGACAGAAUUGAUGAACACAAAUUGGCUGAACUUUCACUGCCAAUAAACUCCAACAUUGACGUGGAUCUUGAGUCCCAGGCUAUGAGCUUUGACCACUUUGUGCCACCAUUUCGACUGACAGACUCCGGAACGGGAACCAAUGGAUUUAUGCUGAUCUCGGAUGUUUCUGAGGGCGAAGUGGGCAGUCACAAGAUGAAAGUAAAGGCUGAGCUGUUUGACAAACUAUCGUCAAAUUCAGAAAUUGAUCAUCCACUCUGCGAUGAGUGCACAGAUACCCUUCUGGAAAUGAUGGAUGAACAAUUAAAACUGGCAGACAAUGAUUUCAACGAUUACGUGAAGUAUUUGAAGAAACUGGAGGCUUCUGAGGACAUUCCCAACAUUGAGCAGCUGGAAAAGGAGCUAUCGGACUUGAGUGGGGAGGAAGAGAGAUUGGUGGCGGAGCUGGCAAUGCUCAAGACUCAAGAGGAAGCCAUUAAGGCGUCAAUUGAGAGCCAGCAGACCGAACAGGAGCGUCUAAGGGAUGAACAAGUGAAGUACUGGCGAGAGUACACCAAACACCGUCGAGAUCUCAUGGCCACAGAAGAUGAAUUCAGGAGUGUGGAAAAUCACCUGGCUUAUGCUCAGUCGCAACUGGAUAAGCUCAAGAAGACCAAUGUCUUCAAUGUCACUUUCCACAUCUGGCAUUCUGGCCACUUUGGCACAAUCAACAACUUCCGCUUAGGACGACUGCCUUCAGCUCCAGUGGACUGGUCAGAAAUCAAUGCAGCUUGGGGUCAGACGGCUCUACUCCUCUCAGCUCUAGCGCGCAAAAUGAAUCUCACUUUCAAGCGCUACAAACUCGUGCCCUAUGGAAAUCACUCGUACAUCGAGGAACUGGAAACUGGGAAGCAACUCCCACUCUACGGAACCGGAGGGAUCCGUUUCUACUGGGACACGAAAUUUGACGCUGCUAUGGUGGCCUUUCUGGACUGUCUUCAGCAAUUCAAAGACGAAGUCGAAAAGGGAGAUUCAGGCUUCUGUUUGCCCUACAAAAUGGACAAGGGCAAGAUUGAGGAUUCAGCCACUGGGAAUUCAUAUUCCAUCAAGAUUCAAUUCAAUUCGGAAGAACAAUGGACCAAAGCCUUGAAGUUUCUUUUGACAAAUCUAAAAUGGGGCCUCGCAUGGGUGUCUUCUCAGUUUGCAGAUGAUAAAUUGGAUGAUUAGACAUGUUCCCUGGAGGAAAAUGUGCAAAAAGAAGACUGCAAAUUGUAAAGAUGCCCGAAGAUUAUUUAAAUAAAAUGUUAAAUAAA